AUGACGCAACAACAAUUGCUCUCAUGUGCUUCAGUUAAGUUUCAAAAUAAGCGCUCAACGCUCAAUUUUGUACUAUCAAAUUAUCAAUUCAUAGUAUUCAAGACGGUCGCAGUCUGCGUCUGGAGCAAACGUAUCCCUUCCGGAGAUAGAAUCUGCUCAUUGUUUAUGAAGCUCAUGCUUCACCAAGCUUCUCUCCAAUUGAAUAUAGCGCAAACACCCCUGUGCAAAUAG